CAUCCCCGCCCCUGCAGGGGGCGGGAGUGACAGCUUCCCAAUUUCCGGUUCCGGCAGUACGGGGGUCCCCGGCGAGAUGGAGGAAGAUGCGACCCGAAGCCAGAAGUCGCGGGGAACACAGGAUAGAGUGGGAGCUGCGGCCUAGAGGUCCGGGCGUGGAGUUCACCUCAGACGCGGCGGAACCGCCCUGACCUGAGAAGGUCUUCAGGCACAAUGGAGGACAAACGCAACAUCCAGAUCAUCGAGUGGGAACACCUGGACAAGAAGAAGUUCUACGUGUUUGGUGUGGCAAUGACGAUGAUGAUCCGUGUCAGCGUCUACCCAUUCACCCUCAUCCGCACUCGGCUGCAGGUUCAGAAAGGCAAGAGCCUCUACCAUGGUACCUUUGACGCCUUCAUCAAGAUCCUGCGAGCAGAUGGUGUGACUGGCCUCUACCGGGGGUUCCUGGUCAACACCUUCACCCUCAUCUCUGGCCAGUGCUAUGUCACCACUUACGAGCUCACCCGGAAAUUUGUAGCUGACUACAGCCAGAGCAACACAGUCAAAUCUCUGGUGGCCGGUGGCUCAGCCUCUCUUGUGGCUCAGAGCAUCACAGUGCCCAUUGACGUGGUCUCCCAGCACUUGAUGAUGCAGCGCAAGGGUGAGAAAAUGGGCCGCUUCCAAGUGCGAGGGAACGCAGAGGGACAAGGGGUAGUUGCCUUUGGCCAAACCAAGGACAUCAUCAGGCAGAUCCUGCGGGCUGAUGGGCUUCGAGGCUUCUACCGAGGCUAUGUGGCUUCACUGCUUACCUACAUCCCAAACAGUGCCGUCUGGUGGCCCUUCUAUCACUUCUAUGCAGAGCAGCUCUCGUACCUCUGUCCUAAGGAGUGCCCUCACAUUGUCUUUCAAGCCAUCUCGGGGCCCCUGGCUGCAGCCACUGCUUCCAUCCUCACCAAUCCCAUGGAUGUCAUCCGAACCCGAGUACAGGUUGAGGGCAAGAACUCCAUCAUCCUGACCUUCAGACAGCUGAUGGCAGAAGAGGGGCCUUGGGGCCUCAUGAAGGGCCUCUCAGCCAGAAUCAUCUCAGCCACGCCCUCCACCAUUGUCAUUGUGGUGGGCUACGAGAGCCUCAAGAAACUCAGCCUCCGACCUGAGCUGGUGGACUCGAGACACUGGUAACCGGUAGCGGAAGAGAAGCCUGCUGUUUGCCACACUACUCUGGGUCAGGGGCAUAUUGGGAAGGACAGUCCCUUCUCCAAGUGCUCCCACCACCUACCUAGCCCUGCCCUGGGCCAGGUGGCCUGUCUGGGACAGGGACAGAGACUUUGAACUGCUCUUGCUGAAGAGGCUCCGUGCCUGGAUCCCUGCCCCCAUUAGUUUUAAUUUUCUUGCCAAACUGGGCUCCCUCACUCAGUCCCUGUACUCAGUCCUGCCCCAAGGACACCUACCCACCCCGCCAAUCCCACCCCACCCAUCCCUGCUCACCCUUCUCCUGGCUUCCUCUCCAUCUGUGUCCCUGAGAUCCCGAGAAGAGCUGUAUAUAGAGCUUGCUUACUACCUUCCUCUUGGGCUUUCAGCCCAGAUUCCAGGCAGCUGCUAUCAGCCCUUUCCUGCUUCAUCUCUUAGGCUUGUUUAUUUUUAUUUUGGGGCUGAGCUGCCCACCAGACUACCUGCUUUUUCCUGCCACGGGGGGCAAGGUCCCAGGCACUUUUGCACAGGGAGUAGGAGCAGCAAAAACCUCUGGUUCUCCAGAGCACUUGUCCUCUCUUUGGAGAGUUAUUAGGUUGGGGAGAAAUGUUGAUAAUUUGUUUAGUGUGUGUAUUUUUUUUAACAUCUGUGAACCAGGCUACUGUCUUAGUCCUGCUAAAGCACCAAUCCUGCAGUCAGAGCCCACCCCUUCCUCAGAUAGAUGGAAAAAUGUAAUGUAGCUUUUCCUUCAACCCCAGGGCCCUGUCCCUUCCAUGUUCCUUCCGUCCCAGCAGCCCCAGGACAUAUAAGCUGGUGGCUUCCCCUGGCCCAGGUGACUCCAGUGGUGGGCACAGUUCUAAGCAGAUCAGGCUGUCUGGGGCACACUGGACUUGGAGCACCACUGUGAAAAGUCAGGUUGAGAGAGUAGUUGUUUUGGAAAGUGACAAGUGGGUAUGUGUGCUCCAGUGCCUCUCCCCAGACCAGCUGAGCUAAGCCUAGGAGAGGGCAGUGGAGGUUCUCAGCCCCAGGCAGGCAUGACAUGCCCACAUAUACCCCAAUCACUUGGACUCCCAAAAACAGAUGUUGUCUCACGAUGGGAAUCUCUGAGAUGUGGAACUGUUUGUGUUUUUCUUAUCCCUGAUGUGAAGAGUCGUCCGGGUCAUGGUACCUUCUGGAGGGAUGCUUGGAAGAGAGUAAAGAGCAGGUCAGAAAGUCACCCAAUACCAGGACCACUGCAUUUACCAGCCUGAUACUGCCGAGAUUAUCUCUUGACGUCUCAGGAGCUAGAUGAUGAGCACUCCUUCCCUGCCUCAUCCCGUCCCCCCUCCACUGAGGCUGCGUUGCAGGUGGAGAGAGGUGCAGCAGACGGAAUGAGAAGAAGGCAUAUCAAACCCUGCACUGCUACUUAAGACCUUUGGGCUGGAGGAUCCUUCAAACCUUCCUGUUGGUCCCACCCCUUGGGAAAGGCCAUGGUGCCAAUUUGAAAGGUGCUAGCUACCUGAAGCCUUGAUAUUUCUUAUGGCUGCCCCACAUUCUAUAACCUUGGCCAGAUCAGAAUCUGAAAACCACGUUUGUCUACCUUCACCGCCACCACUGCCUGUUUUGGUCUCUUAUGUUGGAGGGUUAUUUUCCCUUUCACCUAUCUUUAUUUUUGUUUGUCCUUCUUGCACUUUGUCAAGAGUCCUCCAAUUUGUCUCCAUCAACAGUCAUCCAAAGGGUUGGCCUCACAGAUCAUUCUGAAU